AUGACCACUUCCGUUCCUAUACCACGAAUGAAUCCACAUCUCCCUUCCAAUUCAACACGCUCGCCACCGUCACUCUCCCUCUCGUCCUACCGUCCUCACCCAUAUCAGCGACAGUCUUCAUCCAUGGUCUAUCCACAACCGGACAUUCCGAGAAUCCAACUUCCUCCUCCCCAUUCUUCUGCCCCGCUCAAGCUCAAGCUCGACUCUCACUCUGCCAUCUCUCCCAGUCCCAUCAGACCAGCCAGCGCACGGGAGAGGGAACGCGACCCAGAUCGGGAUAUACCACCACUCUCUUCUCUCGGUCUCGCAUCGCCAGAAUCAUCAUGGAGACCUCAUACUUCGGAUUCCUUCAGUCAUCCACCUCAUAUCCAUCGAGCUACCAGUGGUGGAAGCUAUCAUUCUCAAACCCAAUCAAGAAGUCAUUCUCAACUCCCAUCCGUCCACUCCAUGUCUAGCACCACCUCAUCUCCAAGUCACGCCACUUCUACCAUUGCUCCCACCAGCUCCAGCUCCAUGCCGCCACCCAGAGUCGAGUCACCGAGAUCUGUCAGUCCUGCAGCACACCCUAUACGUCCAUCGUAUUACGACCCUCGUCCAUCUUCCCAGUCCUCACAUCGUUACCCACCUCAUGGGAGAGAAUGGGAACGAGAGCAAAGGCCAAUAUCGGAUCCGAGAGAUGAAAGAGAGCGUCCGAGGGAAAGGGAAAGGGAAAGGGAAAGGGAAAGAGAAAGAGAAAGAGAAAGAGAAAGAGAAAGAGAAAGAGAAAGAGAAAGAGAAAGAGAAAGAGAAAGAGAUAGGAUGUACGAUUACCCCACCUUGCGUUCAGAAGACCUCUCUCCUCCUCUCCGAGCAAUCCAUGACCCGCACGUCUACUCGCCAGAGAAAGAAUAUCGAUAUGGUCCUAAUCCCAGCGGUCUACAUCCUCACACUCAUGCGCAACAACAGAUGCAACAUCGACCGAGGAGUCAUUCGGUGACUGCCCCACCAAGACAUUUGAUGGGUAUGGGAGGAGAGGAGAUGGGAAUGGGCAUAAUGGGCGGACAGGAGGGAUUGUUGAUUCCGAACACGUCUGGAGUAGGACAGCCUGGUCAAUCGAGAAGGUUGGCGCAUUUGAUGUCGGAACAAAAACGACGAGAAUCCAUAAAUGUCGGUUUUCAAUCUCUCCGAUUGGCCCUUCCUACGGCUAUACCAAGCGAUAGUAAAGCGAUCAUCCUGCGGAAAGCUGUUUCCCACAUUUCACAUCUCGAAGGUCUGCUGCGCCAAGCCGGGAUCCGUCCGACCGCAGCUUCGGGACAUGUCGGCGGGGCGGGAGGUGGUGGACAGACGGGGACGGGGUUCGGGUCUGGUUCUGGAUCCGAGUGGCGAGAAGGGGAUGAAGGUGAGAUGGGUGAUGUGAUGAUGGAUGAAGAUGAUGAUAGGGAGAGGGAGAGGGAGAGGGUAAAGCAGGAACCUGAUAGAUGGGAAGAAGAAGGAAGGAGACGGAGAAGAGGGGAUACCUGA